AUGGCAAACGAAAUCGAAAGAGAAGGCUUCCAGCCCUCGGUAGGGGGGGGCGACACGUCAUCUUCUGGACGGCUGCCGGCAACUCGAGCUGGCGCCGGCUCGCGCGUGUAUGAGCCUCUUUUCGAGAGGAAAUAUAUUGUUAAAGACGCCUCCUUCACCUCAGAUAUGUUGCGCUGCAACUCUUCUCCGACAGGUGUACCGUGCUCGUUAUGCACAGCCUGGCCGUUUGUGUCAAAGACCCCUCGACACCACCCGUCAAAUGGCGGGUCUACUGGACCACAGAACCCUAUUGUGGACUUGCAGGUUGGGCCUUCGCCCCCAGAGGAUCGAACGCCUCGGGGCGGGCUCGUCCAAGAGCAGAUUGAUAUGGACAAACCAGCGCCAGACUUUCGAAGAGUACCUGGCGAGAGUGGGGGAGACGGUACGAACACUGACAGUGCCGUAGCGGCGCCUCUCCUUUCUUCCCAGAUGGAAGAAGCUAUUGAGCUUUUCCUAGAGGAAGAGAAGUUACUCGAAGACCUCGACCGUAUACAAGCAACAGAGAUCUACAGUGUCUUCAGGGAUCCGACAAACACUCGAGCAGGCCGCCUCACUAUGGGACCGGGCAAAGUUUCCGCGUUGUGUCUUCCGGGGGGCGCUACUAGUGCUCGAAGCAUGAGUCAAGGAAGCCCAAGGCGAACAAGAACGACCGUGUAUGGAAGAGAUGUGGAGGGAGGCAACAGAUGCAGCGGCUUUUGCCCAACUUCAAGUAGGCCCACUGUGGGUACUCCGGCGUCUCUUGUGGUUGCAGGGGGCUCACCUGGCGAGGCACAGAUUGUGCUUCCUGCUUCUGGUGUCGGAGCAUACAAUAGCAUUUCCUCGACGAAGGCGCAACCAACGGCAGACAGACAACAUGUUAUAUUGACUGCUCUCGAGUGGGAGCGGUUCAGACGAAUUGUGACCAAUCUUCUCUCGACAAAUAUAGAUCUUCGUUCCAAGCUGCGGUCUAGUCAGCAGCACUUUCGGCAACUUGGCUAUUCAGAUAAUCUCGAACAGACCGUGGCUCGUCUGAAGUGUGAAGAGCUCCAGAUGCGUAGAUCUGCUGCGACGCGUGAAGCCAGUUUCGCUGACAGUUAUUCUCUGCGGGCAAAACUCUCAGCGUGUCGGACCGGCCUUGCCGGCAUCGAAGAUCCUCUGCAGACUUAUCAGUCGCAGUGUCACAGUUUACGCGAUCUAAAAACCGUCUUAGGAGAGGCUGUGAAGCAGGCAAAAGAGAGACGGAAACAGAAGAGAAGCAACCGGCGUGCGAUGCCAGUCCCCCCAGUCGUGGGCGAGGAUACACAACCGAGUGGCAGCCGAUGGAUUUGCCCACAGGGCUGCGCGGAGGUCCACAAAGAAAUUCGAGCGGCAGCCGGCAGGUGCUUCGUUGUUUCUAUUCAAGUUCGCUGUCCCUGCUGUAGGGAACAGACCCAAGGCACUGAAUCGCCAACGUCCGGUUACUCAAAAAGUCCUGCUCUCUGCCGCCACGGCUCAAGUACAGGCUCCGUAACAGGUCCACCCGGGGCGGAUAGAUUGAAGGAGUUUGACAGGGCGUACGUGAAGCACAGGGCCGACCUCUGCCCUUCGGGAGAGGUCCCUGGGUUAGCUGAAAAGGACAGACCAACGGCGUCAGAGUUUGCAGUUCCAGGCGGGUCACCACAGACAGCAGCAAACAGCUGCCCGGAAACAUUUGAAGAUUUGCAUCGCUCUUUUUUGGCUCGAGAACUUGAAGAGAUGAUCUCGAACAAAGGAGCGGAGGUUAUCAUAGUAAUUUAUGACACUAUGACAUCUGACGUGCACUUUCAAACACUGAACAUGCGAGAAUGGCCCGAGAACGCAACUCGAGAGUUUGUCCACGGCGUAGUUCUUCACAUCUCUUCGAAUCUACAAAUACAGUCUAUUUGCGCCCCGGACAGGUGGCAGGCACAUCCCACCGUGAACAGCUUGCCUGCCACGACUGAAACAAGGAGACCGGCGGGUUCGGAGUCAAACGAGGCGCUCACACUGCAGUAUAAGAAGCCUGAAAGCGUCGCGUGCUUUGGCAAAACUGUUGUUCACGGCCACGCCGACGACUCCUUUUUCGAAGAGGUGAACGAGUGUUUGGUGUAUUCUGGAUACCACGAGGUUAGCGGAGGGGGCGACUCGGCAAAAGAGCCUACUUAUUUCUUUGUAUUUAUUUAUCAGCGUACGGAAAGACUCCUUGUCGCUCGGCUGUACAGCCCUCGGUCUACCCAGCUGCUAACUGCAUGGAUCGACGUUCUCUCCGCUAAAAGAGAGCAUGUAAAGUUUCUUGCCUCCCAGCGCCCAUUCGUCAAGCCGUCGUACGCUCGUACGGAGCAGGGGGCUGGCGCCGAGGCAGCGUGUAAAAGGGAGGAUGAGAGCUUUCUCCUGAGUGCCGAUCUUCUUCACUUCAUUGUCUCUCGACUGAGGCACGAAAAUGGCCGGUUGUUCCUUUUGCGUGUUGCGGAGGAUAACGAUACAAAGGAUUCGCACCACCAGAGUAAUCUCAAGUCCGAGGGCAGCCUCUUCAACACGGCCCUGGAAGUGUCAUCACAUUCAGUGAAAAAGGAUGGCCCUGUUGACGUGAAGUCACACGAUUGCCGGCAGCGUUUUUUUGAAGCGCUGUCGGUUUCAGAAACGACAGUGGGUGGCCGUACCACUCUUACAUUUCGGCACCCUCAACUAGUGGAACAAGGUGCGGACGAGUCAGGAUCUUCUAGAAAAUCUAGUUUUGUGCUUGUGCAGUCCACUGUCAGCUUGCUUCCGUUGGAAGAAAGUGUUUCUUUUAUAGUUUACGAUCCGGAAACAGCAUGGUUUGCCGAGAGCAGCUUCCGUCUGUUGGAUGGAGUCGGUGUAGUUCAGUCCCGUCAAAGAACGUUUCUGCAGAAACUUAGCCUGAAUCAAGCUUUGCUUGAGCAACUUUUCGAAGAGCUCUCUACACCGACUGCUUGUGCACCGAAACACGUGAGGACAGACUGGUUCCCACUGAGCCACCAUGCUGACGAGCCACCUAGUACCAUUCCAGAUAACUCGGCGACAACAGAAAACCAAGAAAAUGAACAUGAAGAGAAAGAAGCAGACCAUGACAUCGGAGGCGGCAGCGCUGGAGCAGAGUCGUCUCCGACAGAUGGUGAAGAUGCCCGAAAGUUGACCGCAAGCGAGGAGAACCCGAGAGAGAAGGACGACGCUCCACGCGUCCAAACGGCAAGGACUGGUGCAGCGUUAUCAAGACUCCAGUGGUUGGCACUCCUGCAAGAAAUAUAUCGUGACUUGACCUUAACUAGCAAGUCACUCAUGCUCCCUGGUGUUGCCCUCGGUCCCGUCACGACAUACGCCUGA